AUGGCACUGCCGGUGGUCCAAUCUGCUACCAACGCUUUCGCUGUUCUGCAAGAUGGGCGAGUCAGGACGGCGGGCUACGGCUGGGGCGACGACUCGUCUGCAGUCACGGCCCAGCUUCAAGAUGGCGUGUCGGAAAUCGCUGCUACACCUUAUGCUUUCGCUGCCAUCAAGACUGACGGGUCGGUGGUGGCAUGGGGCCAUCCGUCUCUUGGUGGAGACUGCAGGUCACUGCCACUGCUCAGGCGAGUACGUUGUCUGAAGUCCAACCAGUGCGCCUUUGCUGCGAUUAUGAUGGAUGGAUCCUUGGGUGCAUUUGGACAUGCACAGUGGGGUGGAACCUCGCCGGUCGUCGAUGUCGCUAUCCAGGGCCGUAUCAAGGCCAUUCAGGCAACGUCUUCAGCAUUCGCUGCCAUUCUUGCCAACAGAUCCAUCGUCACGUGGGGGCGGCCAGACUUCGGCGGUGACAUCGAAUACCUUCGCCACACUUUGUACGACGUGGUGUGCCUGUCUGCCACCAGCAACAGGUUCGCCGCACUGCGGAGCGACAAGGAGCUGAUCUGUUGGGGCACCGUCAACUCGUGUUGGCAGAUCGAAGAUGUCGUGUCGGUCAAGUCUGGUCAGAGGUUCUUUUUGGUUGUCCACUCCGACGGGGAAGUGUCGCUUGUCCCAAG